UAGUUAGUGUUCGUGGCAACACUGAAUCACUAAGUAGCUAAUUUCUGCUGUGUUGCCUUCUGAGCCUGCUCACUGAGGAGAACACAAUGACAUAUGAUAACUCUCUAAAUUCACUGAGCGACAGUGAAAAGUUUACAGCGGAAGACAACCAAUGGCUCUUUGACGGCAUUGAGAAUUAUACUGACUCCUAUGUUGACGGGAGUUGUUGUGAUGGUGGUGGUGAUAUAUGUGACCUGAACGAGGGCAUGCAUUUUGAGGCACUGUUCAUCCCAGUUCUAUACUCCGUGGCGUUUGUUGUGGGUGUCCUGGGGAACGGAGUGCUUCUGGGAGUUUUGGCCCAGAGUAGGAAGACCUGGAGUGUGACAGACACCUUCAUUCUCCACCUGGGUGUGGCAGAUGUCCUGCUGCUGGUGACGCUGCCGCUCUGGGCUGCACAGGCUGUUCAUGGAUGGGCCUUUGGUACUUCCCUUUGCAAGAUUACUGGAGCUAUGUUCACGAUCAACUUCUACUGUGGGAUCUUUCUGUUGGCCUGCAUCAGUCUGGACCGCUACUUGUCCAUUGUCCACGCUACUCAGAUGUACUCCCGCAAGAAGCCCUGGGUUGUACAUGCCAGCUGUUUAGCAGUGUGGCUUUUCUCCCUGAUCCUCUCUAUUCCUGACUGGAUCUUUCUUCAUGCUGUGAAGGAUGACAGACGAGACAAAAUAGAGUGUGUUCGCAACUACUAUAUGUACUCCUCUCAGGUACAGGUAGUAGGUGACUGGCGGCUGGCAUCACGCCUGAUUUACCACAUAGCGGGCUUCCUGCUUCCUUCAACCAUCCUGAUCUUCUGCUACUCCUGCAUCCUGCGACGGCUGCGGUGUGGCACCCAGGGCCUCCAAAAGCAGAAGGCUUUCAAGGUCAUUGUGGCUGUGGUGUUGGUUUUCUUUCUCUGCUGGACGCCAUACAACAUCACACUCAUGGUGGACACACUUCAGUCCGGCAACAGCAGUGAGACCUGUGGAGUCAGAACAUCUCUGGAGAAAGCCAAGAUAAUCACCUCCUCUGUGGGUUACCUGCACUGCAGCCUCAAUCCCAUCCUCUAUGCCUUUGUGGGGGUGAAGUUCCGACGUCAGCUGCUGCAGAUCCUGAGGUCUCUGGGCUGCAAGCUGCAUACAAGUGUCAAUCUGCAGUCUUUUGCAAGCAGCAGGAGAAGUUCCAUUUGGUCUGAGUCAGCUGACACCUCCAACUCCAUUGCAGUCUAAGAGAAAGAGACAAACUGACUAACAAGCAGAUUCACAAACCCGAACAAACUGACAUGACGUAAACACAGACAGACUACUGAGCAAACAGCGUCUUUCUUUAUAUUUCCUUUGUAAUAUAACCUGUAAGCGACUUUGCUUUCCUUCUGUUUCCUACACAGUGCAUUUGUCUAGUAACAAGAUACUUAAUCUGGGACCUAUAAAGCCUAUUUUUCUUGUUAGGUAGAAAUAUAACUUUUCCCUAUUGCUAGCCAACACUGUCACAUAAAUAAGUCAGGCUAUGGGCUAUUUUACAUACAAACUUACAGACUUUUAAGUGACAUAUUUUAUGAAUUGUGCAUUGAAUUAUUUUUUGUAUAUGGACAUUGAAAUACACAAUAAACUUUUAAUAAUUUG